AUGUCCGAUCAAUUAGAAAAAGAUAUAGAGGAAUCGAUAGCUAACCUUGAUUAUCAGCAAAAUCAAGAACACCAUGAAACAGAACAAGAUAAAGAUAAAGAACAUCAAGACGUAGAGAAGCAAUCCAGCGAAGAAGAAACCAAAGGAAUUGAGCAUGUUACAGAUUCAAAUACAGACGUUAUUGGCGUAACAAAACUGCAGGAUACAGAAGAAGUCAUUGAAAAUUCGCCAGUGGACCCUCAAUUGAAAGAACAACAGGAAUCUACAACCAAGAUGCUGUUGUCUGAAAGAGAUUUGGUAGAUGAGAUAGAUGAGCUUUUUACUAACUCCACGAAAACUGUCACUGAAAAUAAUCAACCAAGUGAAACUAACAAAAGAGCCUACGAAUCCGUGGAGACCCCACAGGAACUAACACCAAAUGAUAAACGCCAAAAACUAGAUGCAAAUACAGAAACCUCAGUGCCAACUGAACUUGAAUCUGUAAAUAACCAUAACGAGCAACUGCAGCCUAUAGAGCCAACCCAAGAAAGACAACCCUCUACAACCGAAACAACUUACUCCAUAUCAGUACCCGUUUCUACUGCAAAUGAGGUCGAAAGAGCGUCUUCCCUGAUUAAUGAACAAGAAGAUCUAGAAAUGAUUGCCAAACAAUACCAACAAGCUACAAAUCUUGAAAUAGAGCGAGCCAUGGAGGGUCAUGGUGAUGGAGGACAACACUUUUCAACUCAAGAAAAUGGUCAGCCUUCUGGGUCGCUGCUAAUAUCUUCCAUUGUUCCUUCUGAUUCUGAAUUGCUCAACACCAAUCAGGCAUAUGCUGCGUAUACUUCACUAUCUUCUCAAUUGGAACAGCAUACUCUGGCUAGUGCUAUGCUUUCUUCUGCCACACUUUCUGCUUUGCCUUUGUCGAUUAUUGCUCCAGUAUAUUUACCACCAAGAAUCCAAUUGUUAAUAAAUACUUUGCCCACGUUGGACAAUUUAGCAACCCAGCUAUUACGUACAGUUGCAACUAGUCCGUACCAAAAAAUAAUUGAUUUGGCCUCUAACCCAGAUACAUCAGCAGGGGCUACUUAUAGAGAUUUAACUUCUUUGUUUGAGUUUACAAAAAGAUUAUACAGUGAAGAUGAUCCAUUUUUAACUGUUGAACAUAUAGCUCCUGGUAUGUGGAAGGAAGGAGAAGAAACCCCUAGCAUUUUUAAACCUAAACAACAAAGUAUAGAAUCUACUUUACGUAAAGUCAACUUGGCGACAUUUUUGGCAGCCACUUUAGGUACGAUGGAAAUUGGGUUCUUUUACCUUAAUGAAUCGUUCCUAGAUGUUUUUUGUCCGCUGAAUAAUUUGGACCCUCUGAAUGCAUUAUCCAAUUUAGGAGGUUAUCAAAAUGGGUUACAAAGUACUGAUAGUCCCGUAGGUGCGAGAGUCGGAAAAUUGUUAAAACCUCAAGCCACGUUGUAUUUAGACUUGAAGACCCAAGCGUAUAUCUCAGCCAUUGAGGCUGGAGAGAGAUCAAAGGAAGAAAUUUUGGAGGACAUUUUGCCCGAUGAUCUCCAUGUUUAUUUGAUGUCAAGAAGGAAUGCAAAGUUGUUGAGUCCAACGGAAACUGACUUUGUGUGGAGAUGCAAACAGAGAAAGGAGCUCUUAUUAAAUUACACCGAGGAAACACCUUUGAGUGAGCAAUAUGAUUGGUUUACAUUUUUGAGAGACUUGUUUGAUUAUGUCUCGAAGAAUAUUGCUUAUUUGAUAUGGGGAAAAAUGGGUAAAACAAUGAAAAAUAGAAGGGAAGACACACCUCAUACUCAGGAAUUGCUUGAUAAUACUACUGGUUCUACUCAAAUGCCAAAUCAGUUGUCUUCAUCUUCUGGUCAAGCUUCAUCGACACCAUCUGUUGUAGAUCCUAACAAAAUGUUAGUGUCGGAGAUGAGAGAAGCAAAUAUUGCAGUGCCAAAGCCCUCGCAAAGACGGGCGUGGUCUCGAGAAGAAGAAAAGGCUUUAAGGCAUGCAUUAGAACUCAAGGGUCCACAUUGGGCAACAAUUCUAGAAUUAUUUGGUCAAGGUGGAAAGAUUUCGGAAGCUUUGAAGAAUAGAACUCAAGUGCAAUUAAAAGACAAGGCAAGAAAUUGGAAAAAGUUUUUUCUUAGAAGCGGUUUGGAAAUUCCUAGUUAUUUGCGGGGUGUUACAGGUGGUGUAGAUGAUGGUAAACGGAAAAAGGAUAACGUUACUAAGAAAACUGCUGCUGCACCUGUUCCAAAUAUGCUGGAACAAUUGCAACAACAACAACAGCGACAACAAGAAAAGCAAGAAAAGCAACAACAAGAAGAGCAACAAGCACAACAACUGGAACAACAACAAGAGCCACAACAAGAGCAGCAACAAGAGCAGCAACAAGAGCAGCAACAAGAGCAGCAACAAGAGCAGCAACAAGAGCAGCAACAAGAGCAGCAACAAGAGCAGCAACAAGAGCAGCAACAAGAGCAGCGCGAGGAGACACAACAAACAGAGCAAGAGCAGCCAGAUCAACCCCAGGAGGAACAACAACAAGAGAAAGAACAACCGGAUCAACAACAACAAGAGAAAGAACAACCGGAUCAGCAACAACCAGAUCAACAACACCCAGAUCGACAACAACAAGAGCAGAUCCAACAACCAGAAAGUCUGGAUAAAUAG